AUGUCGGCCCGUCUUCACAAAGGCCUUCAAGGCGUCCUCGCCAAAUCCCCUUCCGACACCGUAAUCCUCUCCGCCGUCCGCACUCCCAUCUGCCGCUCCUACAAGGGCCAGCUCAAGGACGCUUACCCCGAGGAGCUCCUCGCCAGCGUCCUCAAGGCCACUCUCAAAGCACACCCCGAGGCCCCCGUCGACGAUGUAGCAGUCGGCGUUGUGCUCUCCGAGCUCGGCGGCUCCAAGGCAGCGCGCAUGGCUCUCAACCACGUCGGCUUCAAGAACACUACCAGCUUGUACACCGUGAACCGCGCGUGCUCUAGUUCGCUGCAGGCUAUCGCUGCUGUGUCGGCGCAGAUCCAGACGGGCAUGAUUGAUACAGGUAUCGCGGCUGGCAUGGAGAGCAUGACGAGGAAUUACGGAAGCAGAGCUAUUCCUGUGGAUGCGUGGCCGGAGCUGAAGACCUCGCCUAACCGCCAUGCGCAGGAUUGUAUCAUGCCUAUGGGUUUGACGUCUGAGAACGUUGCGGAGCGAUAUGGUGUUUCGAGAGCGGAUCAAGAUGCUAUGGCUGUUGAGUCGCACCGUCGUGCUGCGCGUGCGCGAAAGGAGGGUCGCUUUGCGGAGGAGAUUGUGCCUGUUGAGACGAGGUUCCAGGAGGUUGAUAAACAGGGUAACAAGGUUGGCGAGGAGAAGCGCAUCACUGUCACUGCUGAUGAUGGUAUUCGUGAGGGUGUUAGCAUUGAGGCUCUGGCUAAGCUCAAGCCUGCUUUCAAGCCCGACGGUGCUUCAACAGCUGGAAACUCGAGCCAAGUCUCCGACGGUGCUGCCGCCACCCUCCUCAUGCGCCGAAGCACAGCCACCGCUCUCGGUCUUCAAGACCGCAUCAUCGGAAAAUUCGUCUCAGCCGUGACAGUCGGUUGCGACCCCGAUGAGAUGGGUAUCGGCCCUGCCCUCGCUAUCCCCAAGCUCUUAGACCAAGCCGGUCUUAAGACAGAUGAUGUGUCACGAUGGGAGAUCAACGAGGCGUUUGCAAGCCAAGCACUACACUGUGUGAGGGAGCUGGGACUUGAGGAUGCGUGGGCGAAAGAGAAGGUUAACCCUGACGGAGGAGCUAUUGCGCUGGGACAUCCUCUUGGAGCUACCGGAGCGAGAAUGACGAGUACGCUUUUGCAUGGACUUAAGAGGGAUGGUGGCGAGGUUGGUGUUGUGAGUAUGUGUGUUGGUACGGGUAUGGGUAUGGCUGGGCUGUUUGUUCGGGAGUAG